GCGGGCUAGCAGCACAGCGACCGCAGUUAUGUCUCAGUCGAAGGGCAAGUUUGUUAUCAAGCCGCCCAAGCCGCGGAACCACAUGGACGAGAGGGCGGCGCUCGUCAUCUGGGACCUUUUGAGCACGGCCAUCGGAGAGAUCCACAACAAGAACGCGUCGUCCUUGAGCUUCGAGGAGCUCUACCGCAACGCCUACAACCUGGUGCUCCACAAGCACGGGGACUUGCUGUACGCCGGCGUUCGGGAGUCCGUGCAGGCGCACCUCGACGAGGUGGGGGAAAUCAUAGCCACGGCGACGGAUGACCGGUUGCUUCACGACCUCAGCCAGCAGUGGGGAGACCACCAGGUAACGAUGCAGAUGGUCCGCGACAUCUUGAUGUACAUGGACCGUACGUACGUGAGCUUCAACAAGAAGAUGCCCGUCUACGAGAUGGGUCUGGUGGUGUUCAGGGACACGGUUGCGCGGCACGACAAGGUCAAGGGCAGGCUGCAGAGCUUACUCCUACAGAACAUCGCGGACGAGCGCGCCAGCCGCCUGAUCGACCGGGACCUCAUGAAGACGUCGCUGUCCAUGCUGAGCGGGCUAGGGGUGGACGGGGUGGCGGUGUACGAGGAGGAUUUCGAGAACGAGUUCUUGGCUACGACGAGAGCCUUCUACCGGGCCGAGAGCCAGGAGUUCAUCGCCCGAAAUACUUGCCCGGCGUACAUGAAGAAGGCAGAGGACCGUCUUGGGGAGGAGGCGGCGAGGAGCAUCAACUACCUGGCCGCCGGCACCGAGCCCAAGCUCAAGCACAUCGUGGAGACGGAGCUGAUCCGCAACCACGCCAAGGUGUUGGUGGAGAUGGAGAACUCGGGGUGUACGUCGAUGUUCAGGGACGACAAGAUCGAGGACCUUCGGCGGAUGUACGACCUGUUUUCUCGAGUACCGGUUACCCUGGACGACCUGCGGAGGUCGAUGUGCGAGUAUGUCAAGGCCACCGGGAAGGCACUCGUGACAGAUCAGGAAAGCGCGAAGGAUCCCGUGGCGUUCGUCCAAGGGCUGCUGUCCUUGAGAGGCAAGUACGACUCCAUCGUCAACGACGCCUUCAGAGGGGAGAAGCGGUCUCAGAAGCGGCUAAAGGAGGCCUUCGAGGACUUCAUCAACACAGACUCCCGGUGCGCGUCGUACCUGGCGACGUACAUCGAUGACCUCCUCAAGUCGGGCCUGAGAGGGAUGGCAGAGGACCAGGCGGAAGCGAUGCUGGAGAAGGUGAUCGUAAUCUUCCGGUACUUGCAGGACAAGGACGUGUUCGAGAACUUCUACAAGACCCACCUCUCCAAGAGGCUGCUGGGCGGCAGGAGCGUCAGCGAUGAGAUGGAGAAGAACAUGAUCGUCAAGCUGAAGAAUGAGUGCGGCUACCAGUUCACGUCCAAGCUGGAGGGGAUGUUCACAGAUAUGAAGAUAUCCAAGGACGUGAUGGAAGAGUACCGCAAGACCGGGAGGCAUACAAACCACGGGAUGGAGCUCGUGGUAGAGAUGCUCACCACGGGCUACUGGCCGGCCCAGAGCGGGCCCAAGUGCAGGCUGCCCAAGCAGGUGUUGCGGUGCUGCGAGGACUUCGAAGAGUUUUACCUCAAGAAGCACACGGGGCGGAAGGUGACGUGGCACACUUCACAGGGGAACGCGGACCUCAAGUCGACGUUCGGGAAGAACAGGCACGACUUGAACGUCUCGACGCAACAGAUGUGCAUCCUGCUGCUGUUCAACAGCGCGGACACGCUGUCCUACGCCGACAUCCAGGAGGCCACGCAGAUCGGGGAUCCGGAGUUGAAACGGCACUUGAUCUCCCUCUGCACGCCGAAGUUCCGCAUCCUGAGGAAGGCUAGCAAGGUGAAGGGCAAGGGCAUCUCGGGCCCGGGAGACACGUUCAGCUUCAAUGCCGACUUCACGUCCAAGCUGAAGCGCGUGAGGAUACCAUUGGUCAGCAUCAAGGAUUCAGCGUCAGGCCCGGCCGCGUCGGCCUCGCUGCCGCCAGCGGUAGAGGAGGACCGGAGGCAUCUGACGGAGGCGGCGGUGGUACGCAUCAUGAAGGCGCGGAAGAGCCUAAGGCACAACGACCUGGUGGCCGAGGUGACCCGGCAGCUGUCGAGCCGCUUCGUGCCCUCCCCCACGGUGAUCAAGUCGCGCAUCGAGAGCCUCAUCGACCGAGAGUACCUGGAGAGGGACAGAAACGACAGACGUGCCUACAACUAUUUGGCUUGACGGACAGCUGGGUUUUUGUGCACUGGGAGUGGAGGACACCCGACAUGGGUACAAUGGAGGGGAGAGCGGUGCCGCGCCCAGCAUGGGGUUGUCAAUCUUCGCUGGAGAAAAAGCCUCCGAGGGAUUGGAGGGGACACCGGGUGGUUGGAGACAAGAGUAGAGUGGUUGUCGCGACAGCGAAGAACAUACUAGAUGCGGCGCAGGCAAAGGGCGGUGGGGCAUGUAGGGCGUCCUUUCGUCGCAAAGGAGGCUGGGAGUGGAGAUCGCGAGGGACGGAAGCGGAGGAUUGUUAUGCCCGUGGGGCUGCUGGUGGCUCUGCGUGCUAGGAAAUGCACGAGCUCUUCCUGUCCCGCGCUCUAUCGCCUCUUGGUUCUCUCCAGUGUCCCGGAUUUGACGUGUCCCUGUCUGGUCUUCUGGUAGGGCAGUACAGGCGUUUCAAAACCAUUCUCUUUGGCCCCCCAAAUCCCCGCGCUCCCUUUUCUCGAACGUCCUUAUGUUUUGGGGCGGGGGGGUUGUAGGUGGUUGGCACGUCGUUCGCCUCGUCAUUCCGUUUGGAUUUUUUUUGUUGUCUGCGCGAUUACGACCUACGGGGUUUCUCAUCCGCCCUUGCCGUCUGAUAGCGCCAUACGCGUUCGCGCGUAGUGUUUCGCCAGGGUGUUGCUGGAAGCAGCCGUUGCUGAGCGUUGUCGGUGGUAUCUACGGUGUGCGUGCUGUGGUAAGACGGGAGUGUUUUGGAGUGGUGAGUGUCUCUUUCCCUCCAUCUUUCCGAUAGGGCUUUUCGAUAGAGUCUCUGUCUGUUUGUCUGUCUGUCUGCCUGCCUCUCUCUCCCAAUCUUGUCAUGUCUUGUGUAUUGUGUUUUUCGCAUGGAGAAUUGCCGCUUCGCACGGCAGUAGCAAGAGGAGGCGAAGACGUUACCCCCCCUACACACAAGGUUGGCCCACAACCUUUACCUUGCACGUACGUGAGAUCGAGGGUCAAACAAAAUCAUCUCAUUAGUGUUUCGUGUAGCGUUUCGUCGCGUCUGACUGCUUUGUCUAACGUCUGAGGCCCUGCUAGGGUAGUAGAAUGUGAGGAGGCAUACAAGAGGGAGGCGUUUUCCCGCAAAGGGGCGGGCUUAGCACGCAAACCAAGCGAUAGGGUCGCUCUUGUGCCCCGGUUCCUGCACCUUAAAUGCUCCUGCACCUUAAACGCACACGCAGAAAUGUGUGGUGGUGCGGGGGUGUAACCUUGUGUAGCAGUCGUCAACCAAGCCGUCUGCUGUAGUGCGCGCAUCAUCUCCACUUGAAAAGAAAAAAGUCAAAGCAGAUCGACCGUCCAGGCUAGAGGCUGCUUGUCCGUCUGUCGCCAUCUUAGGUGCGCACCUGCGGUGGAGAGGAACUUGUAGAAGAAGCGUGUGACUGCAGUUGCGAGGUUUGCGUUUCUUUUUGAUAU